AUGAAGUCAAUUAUUUUGGCUUCUCUCUUGGCUGUGGCCUUUUCGGCCAGCUUGCCAGCUUUUGAGCAUCAAUUUGAUCCAAAAUCUGAAUAUCACUAUCAAUUUGAUGGCCUUAUUGUUUCUGGUCUUCCAACAAAUCAACAAACUCAAUCAUCUCAAUCUCGUAUUUCUGCUCGUGCCCGUAUUCAAUCUAUUGAUGAUCGUCAUAUUCAUCUUCAAUUGAUCAAGAUUAAAAUGGCUUCAUCAACUGAACAACAAGCUGAAGAGAAAUAUCCACAACUUCGUUCAUUGGAUCAACAACAAGAAAUUCCAGAAGAAUAUCAAACACUUCUUGAAUUGCCAGUUCGUGCUCAACUCAGAAAUGGACUUGUUUCACAUAUUCAAUUUGAUGAUAAAGAUGCUGAAUGGUCGAAAAAUAUCAAGAGAUCUGUUUUGAACAUGCUCUCAUUUGUUGAAAAACAACCAACUCAAGAAAUGGAAUCAAGAACGGAAAAUGAUGAACAAUUCCAAUCAUUCUUCACAAAUGAAAAAACCAUCGAAGGAGAUUGCCAAGUUGCUUAUACAAUCACCAAAGAAAAUGAGAAGAAGACAAUCAUCACCAAAACUGUCAACUUCGACAAAUGUGAUUCAAGACAACAAGUUGUUUAUGGAAAACAAUUCUCUGAAAAUGUUCCACAACAAGAACAAGAACAAUUGGAAUCAUUCAAACCACAAACUGUUUAUACAUACAUUUUGGAUAACGAAUUAUUGACUCAAGUUGAAGUUCGUUCAAUUUAUACCCAUAAUGUUAAUGGACAAGAAGUUAUGAAGACUGAAACUCGCUCGAAGCUCACUUAUGAAGAGAAUCAUUCAAUCAAUAACCAAAUCAGAAAGGUAUGUGAGAAUUAAUUGAAAUGAAAAUAAAAAGAGAAUAAUUAUAGGUCAACGGAGAACAAGAAGAAAUUAUGUACUCAAACAAAUGGGAAAAAUCAGUUGAAGAAUUCUUCAAAAAUGGAGAUGCUUCAAAGAAAAACCCAUUCGAAGAAUUCCCAACUGAAAGAAAAAUGACAUUGUUGAAAUCAAUUCUUGAAAAUGUUGAAGAAAAUCAAAAUGAAUUGGAAACUGUUCAUCAACUUGCUCGUAUUGUUCGUCUUCUUCGUACUUGUUCAAUUGAAGAACUCAAAUCAAUUCAUAAACAACAUUUCUCAACUGAAGAUAACAAGGUUUGUAUUUAUAAUUAUUUAAGAUCAAACUAAAUUAUAAUUGAAUAUAUUUUCAGACUCAAUCUUUGAUUGAACAAGCUCUUGCUAUUGCUGGAACCAAAAACACAAUCCAACAUUUGAUGAGCCAUUUGGAAAAACAAACACCAGCUAGAUUGGCUCUUCUCAUGAAAUAUAUUCAAGAAACACCAUAUCCAUCUGAAAAGAUUGCUGAUAUUCUUGUUAAUGUUGCUAAAGAAACCAAUGAACCAAUGACAAAACAAUCUGCUUGGCUCGCUGCUGGAGUUAUUGUUCGUGGAAUUGUUUCCCAAAAUGUUCAACAACAUCAACUUAUCCGUCAAGAUACUCGUCAAAUCAAACAAAAAUACACAAAAGUUUUCAUGAAUUUGUUCGAACAAUCCGAAACAACUUAUGAAAAGAUUUUGGCUUUGAAAACACUCGGAAAUGCCGGAAUUGAUCUUUCAGUCAAUGAAAUCAACACAAUUAUCAAUGAUCACCGUCAACCAAUGAUUGUUCGCAGAGAAGCUGUUGAUUGUCUUCGUCUUCUUGACAAUGUUAUGCCACUCAAGAUUCAAAGAGUUCUUCUUCCAAUCUACAAAAACCAAAGAUAUUCUCCAGAACUCCGUAUGUCUGCUUUGUGGAGAUUGUUCCAAACCAGACCAUCUCAACCAAUUUUGGUCCAAAUUGUUUCUCAAAUGGAAAAAGAAUCAAACCAACAAGUUCAACAAUUCACUUAUCAACUUUUGAAACAAUUCGCCAAAUCAACCAACCCACAAUACAAACAACUUUCAUCUGAUUGUCUUGCUGUUCUUUCAUUCACUCGUUUCACAUCUGAACAAUUCGAACAAGUCAAAUCAACAUAUGUUCAACUUCCAUGGUUUGCUCGUGAUCUUCUUUCUGGAGUUCAAGCUGAUUUCACCGCUACUUUCUCCAAGGAUAAUAUUCUUCCAACUGACCUCCAAACUUCUCUUCAAUCUGUUUUCGGUGGAAAUUGGAACAAAUAUUUGGUUCAAUUCGGAUUCACUCAACAAAACUUUGAACAAGCUCUUGUUGAAACUUUCAAACGAUUCGGACAAGACUACAGAGUCAGACGGGCCACUCGUGGAGAUCGCGACGUUGAAGAAAAGCUUACAACUCUCAAAAAUUUGGCCAAGAAAUUGAACCUCAAAUCCCGGAAAUAUCAAUCCAAAGAAGAAGAAGCUUUUGCCAUGACUUAUUUGAGAUACAAAAACAUUGAUUAUUUGGUCGUUCCAUUCGAACAAGCUCAACUUGAGAAUGCAUUGUUCUCAUUUGUUAUGCUCACCAACACAAAUCCUCAUAGCUUCAAUCAUAAGUUCGAUUUGACUCAAUCAGCUUAUUUCUAUGAAUCGAUUCGCCGUGUUCCAACCACUCUUGGUCUUCCACUCGUUUUGGUUGGAAAAUUGCCAACAGUUGCUUCAAUCAAAGGUGAAGUCAAAUUUGACACCAAAAAUGUUGAAGGUCUUCUCAAAGUUCGCCCAUCAGUUGCUGCCACUCACAUUUAUGAUAUGAAAGUUAUGACUCCAUUGUUUGAACAAGGAGUAAAAUCAUUGAGAUCAAUCAAAUCAUACACUCCAGUAGAUGUCAAACUCAAUUUGGUACCAAAAGGCAAAAAACUCGAGAUUAUUACCAAAGUCAAUGUUCCAGAAAAGGAAUCAGUUUCAAUUCAAGUUUCAAGCCGUCCAGUUGUUUUCACCCGUUAUCCAGGAUAUUCAAGAAAUGAAUAUGUUCCAACUGAAGAAAGAACUCUCAGCAAUCCACAAUGGGAAAAGAAAACUCAAAAUAUGGAAAGAUCAUUCAAAAUUCUUGGACUCGAAAUCACUACUCGUGGAAAUGUUUUGAGACAAUGGAAUCUUCAAAAUGUUCUUCAUAUUGAUCAAGAUUUCGAAAUUGUUAUCAGAAACCAACAAAAACAAACAGCUGAAUUCACAGCUACUUUGUUAUUGUCGAAAGAAGAAUCAAAUGGAACUUACGACUUCAAAAUCACAAAUCUCCUCGAAAAAGAAUUCGAAUAUUUGAAUGAAAACAACAAACGCCGGGAAGCUUACGAAAAUUUGGUUAAAUCAUUGAGUACCGAAUAUGGUAUCAAUAAGAAGUUCGUUCUCACUCUCCGUGCUCCAGAAAACCAUCAAUCAAAAAUUGAAUGGGAAUUCGCAAUUGACGAAAAUGUUCGUGCAGCUAAAUCUGAAGUUAACGUUCAUGUUACUGGUGAACAAGAUUGGACUCUCACUCAACAAUCUGUUGUCAUUAUCCCAGGCUUUAUCGAGUCGGUGAAGGAUCAUAAGGAAAAAUUGGACCGUGAAAUUCUUGUUAACAAUGUUGUCAGAUGGGGACUUACCAAGAACUCAAAGAAAAACGAAAUCAAAUUGAAUGCCCAACUUGGACAAUCUCAAUCUCAACGCAAAUACCAACAAAACAUCGAAAAAUUGAGCAAAGCUUCCCAAUAUGACCGUGUUUUCCAAUCAUCUCCAUUGAACCAAUUGGAUAUUGUUGCUGAAUACAAAUGUGAUCAACAAACUCAACAACAAGUCGAAAGACUUGUCGAUCGUUUGAACUGGUAUUUGAACCAAUUCUGGACUGCUUCAUCAAAACAACAAGACAACCAAGAAAACCGCAUUCACAUGAGAUUGACUGUUGAUCCAAUCACUCGUCAAUAUGUUAACUUGACUCUUCAAACACCAGAACAACAAAUCCAACUUCGCAACAUUGAAACUCCAAGAAUCCAACUUUUCUCAUUCAACAAAAUGAUCCAUCAAAAUGACAAACAAGUCUGCACUGUUUCACCAAAAAGAGUUCAAACUUUCGAUGAGAUGACAUAUUCUGCCCCACUUACAACAUGUUAUUCAGUUAUUGCCAAGGACUGCUCAGAACAACCAACUUUCGCUGUUUUGGCCAAGAAACAAUCAAAGAAAUCAAACAACAUUGUUGUUAAAUUCUACGAUAACGAAGAUGUUUACGUUAUGUUCAAAUCUGAUGACGAACUUAUUGUUAAAAAGAAUGGAGGUGUCAUGACUUUGAGAGAUCAAACCUUGAACCAGUGAGUGAACAAUAUGAAAUAGGUCAUAAGUAAUAUCAAUUUUUAGCAUCAAAAACAAUGGUGAACAAGUUCAAAUCGAAAGAAAAUACAUUCGAGUUGUUUUCACUGGUGAAGACAUCAAAACACAAGUUCCAAAGUUCACACAAAACCCACUUUGCGGUCUUUGCGGAAAUAAUGAUAACGAGGUAUUAUUUCACUAAUAUAAAUACAAAAUAAUCAAAAUGAUUUGUUACAGAUUGACAAUGAAUUGAGAACUGCUGAAGAUAACGAAACUGAAGAUAUUGAAGAAUUCCACAGAUCAUACCUUUUGAGAGAUGAUGAAUGUGAAAUUGAAGAAGAUAUUAUUUCAAACAAGAACAACUAUAAACAAAUCAGAAGAAAUGUUCAAGAAAAUCUUGAAAACUAUUCUGAUUCUGAAGAAUAUGAAAAUGAAGAAAACAGAGAUGAAGAAAACAGUGAGUUUACAAUUAUAAUUUGGAAUCAAUCAAUAAUAAUUGUUGAAUUUCAGACUUGAACAAGAAAACCGAAAUCAAGGAAUUCGCUCAUCGCAUCUGUUUCUCAUUGGAAGGUGUUCCAGCUUGCCGUCGUCAAUUUGAAGAACAACAAACUGUUCAACAAAAAGUCAAAUUCACCUGCUUGCCAAGACACAAAUCUGAUGCUCGUGUUUUGUUGAACAAAUCUCGUCAACAAAAUGUUCUUGAAUUGAACAACUAUCCAGUUUCAUUUGUUGAAUCUGUUACUGUUCCAUCCCAAUGUGAAUAUGCUUAUUAA